AUGGCGCCUUCUCGCGUUGAUACACCUGAGCCUAUGAGCACUCCCAACCCUCUGAAGUCUCAUCAGAGCACGAAGCAAGAAACCCAUUACGGUGACUUUCGUGAUGAUUUUUUCAAGAAUGGCUACACAGUCAUCAAGGGCGUUCUGAGCAAGGAGCGCGCCCGGGAGUACCAGAGCGAGGCACUCACCUGGCUGGAGUCAUUCAAUAUCGGAUUCAACCGCAAUGAUAGAAGCACGUGGAAGAAAGAAAACCUGCCCCAAAGCUUCAAAGGUGGAAUGUAUCUUCACUUUGCUGCCGCACACGAGAAGUACAUGUGGGACGUUAGAACCGAACCAGGAGUUGUUGAGCCAUUUGCGAAACUCUGGGGAACCGAUGAACUAGUUGUCUCCUUCGACACCGUCAACAUCACACUGCCUCAAUCCAUCGUUGGAGAGUAUGAUUCCAAGCCUUGGCCUCACUGUGACCAAGCUCCAGAGCGCAAGGGUUUGUCUUGUGUUCAAGGCAUUGUGAACCUAUCCGAAUCUGGACCUAAUGACGGUGGCCUCGUCGUCAUGAAGGGAUCCGCCGCUCUCUUCGAUAAGUUCUUCGAAGAGAACCCAGUGACAGGCCCCAUGCCAUGGCGAACUGCUAAGCACAAGGACUUCCAUCCAUUCUCAGACAAAGACCUGGACUGGUACCGCGAGCACGGCUGUGAGUUGAUCAAAGUCUGCGCCGAACCGGGUGACUUGAUUCUGUGGGACUCGCGUGAGAUGCAUUGGGCACAGUUUGGAGAUUCUGACCUUAUUCGUACAAUUGUCUACGCAACCUAUACACCUGCGGCCUGGAUGUCCGACGAAGACCGAGCAGCAAAAAAGGAGCUUUUCGAGAAUUUUGAAACUACGACCCAUUGGCCACAUACUAAUCUCUACACCCAUGGCAAGGCAACAAUCAAGGUUGAUGGAGAGGAGGUACCAGACCCGCUUGAAAGGGAUGAGCCUCUUACCAAACCAGUGAAGACUGAGAGGUUGCUCAAACUAGCUGGCGCGUUAAACAUGGCGAAGGAGGUCGACGCCGCGCAUCAUGAGUAUGCUGUUACAAAAGACUCGGCACCAAAUGUCCCAACAGGAACGGUGAAGCUAGUUGAGGAUGGAGAAAUUGUCUUGAUUCCAACUCCUUCCCCUGAUCCCAGAGAUCCUCUCAACCUACCUCAAUGGCAGAAGUGGGUAAUAAGCAGCACUUUAGGGGUCUUCGCCGUGCUGAGUGUCCUGAUGACCUCUGGUAUGGGCCCUAUCACCACUACCAUCUCGGCCUAUUACGACGGCAAUCCCAGAACCAACGACUUGAUGACAUAUCCAACGUUGUUCAUGGGGCUUGGAAACGUAGUCGCUGUACCACUCGCUGAGGCUGUGGGGCGUCGUCCAGUAUUCCUGACCUCUGCUCUAAUACUGACAGUCGGGUCAAUCUGGUGUGCUGCGAGUACUAGUCUGGACUCGCAUAUUGCUGGGCGAGAUGUGUUAUCUUUGGCUGCCGGACAGUCGGAGGCAUUGUGUCCUCUCAUCAUUCAGGAGAUCCAUUUUGUUCACGAGCGCAGUAGUAGGCUAGCAUGGUUCAGCGCCAUCCAAUCUAUAGGCAGCGCUGCCUUGACCAUUGCUACAGCCUACCUUGUUCAGAGCCUGGGGUGGAGGUGGUGGUACGGCAUAUUCGCUAUCAUAAGCGGCGUACUGUUCUUGGUCUCCUUUGCACUGGUCCCAGAGUCCUUGUAUCAACGGCCCACGGACGCUUUUGAUGGCCAGGUCCAUGUUCAGCAUGAAGGCGAAGACCUGGCCGUUGUUCGUGCAACUACCAAGCACCGAGUGGAAUUGGACUUCACCCGGUAUCAACCGCGUACAUGGCGGCACAGCUUGAAGGUCUUCCACGGUCCUGCGAAGUGGUCGGUAGCGAUAGACUGCUGGAAGCACAUGCUGCAGUGUAUCUUAUUCCCCAACAUCCUGUGGAUCGUGUUGAUGAAUAGUGUCGUGCUCGGAAUCUAUGUGAUCAUGGUAACCGUGUUCGGAUCCAUCCUUACUGCGCCACCAUACAACUAUCCCGCCACAGCUUUAGGCCUUGUCCAAGGAGGCCAAAUAGUUGUCUCACUGAUCCUCGUCCCUGUUCUCGGAUACGGCGGAGACAAGCUCCACGAAUGGAUAGCAAGACGCCGCAACGGUGUGGCCGAACCUGAGUUUCGCCUGAUUCCAAUUUUACUGCCUGUCGCCGUGGCACUAAUUUCAUGUGUCAUAUUUGGCCAUGCUGGUUCCGAUCCAUAUCACUGGUCGCCUUGGGCAGUCACGGUCGGUUUUAAUGGGAUUUACUUCGGCUUCAUUGGUAUCAUACUCAUUGGAUACACGUACUCCCUUGAUAGUUAUGGAGAGCGAGCAGGUCCCAUUCUGGUGCUGAUCUGUACAAGCCGUGGCUUGAUCUCCUUCGGGAUUUCCUUUGGCGUCACGAAGUUCGUUGCACAGAUGGGUUAUAAGCAGGCAUUGGAUAUCUGUGCUAUCAUUAUGGGAGUUAUCUCGGCUUUUGGUUUCGUUGUUUUCAUCUUCGGUUCGAAGAUUCGGUUCCUUACGAUGAAAUAUGCUGUUGACAAGAAGACCGUUGAAAUCUAG